AUGGGAGUUUGUAAAAUAAGCGAAACAGUAGAUAAUUAAACUCUUCAAUUAAUUUCUGCACGUCAGAAUCCACCUCAGAUUGCAAUUUAAUUAGGAACUAAACCUGUAUAGAAUAAAGUUUCAAGUAGAGAACCACCCCCUUUAAAUGGUCAAGACUAAAUGAAUUUUUAAUAGGUAAUAUAGGAAGGGAGUGAAUGCCAUAGAGGAAAAUCAGAAAAUGAGCAGAGCCAAAUAAUUAAACAAGAGGUUAAUGAUGAAGAUAUUUAAAAAAGAAGAAAUAAUGAUAAUCACUCACAAGAUUAAUCUAAUAAUUCUUCAAUACUCAACUUUGGAUAAAUAUUGUUGAGCAGUUAUCCUCUAUAUAGAGAACCUGAAAUAAGCCAUUAGUUUAUUAUUAGUUAUCCCAAGCUUACCAUAAACACAUGA